UUUCCUGUUCCGGAAAGCCUUCUCGAGGAGGCUGCAGUGCAGCCUUAUGUUCACAACUGUUUCGUGAAUGUGUGGGAAGGGAGAUACAUCCAUCGAUUCUGCAUCUUCUUCAAGCGACAUCUUCGUCUCCGAGCCAACGUGCUUCUUAGUAAGGGUGGUCAUAAGUUCCGAGGCGAUGCAGUUGUUAUGAGGGUUGGAGUCAACUAUCCCUCUGUUGUGAACAUGCGAGGCAGAGAUAAUGCGCUUGCUGAUUUUUUAAUU